UUGAAAGCAUCUCCUCAAUUGUCUAUGACAAGAGAUGCAGAGGCAGUCCAGUUGCUAUUAGUUGGCUUACCGUCCAAUUACAGGAAUUCCCUUUUCGAUCAACUGACACAAGAUCAAAGAGACAAUUCCUUUCUUGAAGCUUUGCGGCAAAGUUAUGGGAAGCCUCCUAAUGAAAGUGGUGAUGAUAACAGAGAACAUGAUGAGCAGAAGGUUUCAGAAAGGAAAUCAACCUCUAUUUCUAGCCACGAAGCCCUCGUCCAAAAUCCAGUCAAGAGUUCUAAUGAUGCAAGAAAUGCAAAAAAGGCUUCACCAAAAUCAGCUAAACCGAGUUCUGCAGCUGUCCAAACCCCUUCACCUGAUGCCUCCCGCGGAAAGAAUAAGUUCUUCCUGGCAAAGUGGUUUGGUUUUAAAUGAGGACAAAAAUCUGGGGCAUUUUGUUCAUUGUAAAUUCAUAUAGAAGAACCUGAAUUUGAUAACAUGUUAGAAGAAAAAACUGAAACCGUCUUUAAGAUAUCUGCCAGUUUCAACAGACGGGCGAGAUUGGUUCGGGUAAACUAUUUCUGUUUGUGCUUGGAAGAGGAAAGAUUUGAAACUAGGACCCAUAAUUUAGUAAGAAGAGGGAAUGUAAAAUGCCUUUGUGGCCUAUUGUAUUGUUACUUUUGUCUCAGACAAUAAUGGUUCAAGUUGCAAAAAGUUUUAGCUUUUGCUUAUAUGACAGUGUUUUU